AUGGCCUCGUCUGAAACUGAAGCAGUGUAUCUGCACGAUGCAUCACUAAGAACCCUGGCUACCGAGGUCAUCUCUCACCAGCUCGUCUCAGCGCUGGAAGAACCUGAGAAGAGCUUGUACAAGGGUGCGACUGACCCAGAAAUGUCGGUCGUCACCAUGCGCCAGACAGUCCUCUAUCCUCAAGGAGGAGGCCAGCCCAGCGACACGGGCUCUCUUGCAAUAGUAGACGAAGAGCCCACUUUCACAGUGACUACGGUGCGCAAAGCACCCAGUGGUCGGAUUCUCCACUUUGGCAAGACGAGUACACAGCCAGGUUCGCUGUUCCAGGAAGACCAGCGUGUGGUUCAGCGAGUGGAUGGUGCCAAGCGCGACUAUCACUCUCGUCUUCACACAGGAGGACAUGUUGUUGGCUUGGCGAUGCAGCUGCUGUAUCCGGAGAUGAAAAAGGUCAAGGCGAACCACUUCCCCGCGGAAGCGUGCAUGGAGUACGAGGGUCUGCUCUAUAAUGAGCAGAAACCUGUGAUUCAGGCCAAGGUGGAUGAGCUGGUUCAGCAGGAUUUACCCGUCUUGAUCUCCUGGGUUGAAGAUGGCUCUGAUUUGGAGGGCAAGGGCGCAAUGAGGGAAGGUCCUGUUCGCGUGGCCAGCAUUGGUGGGCUGGAUAGAAAUCCUUGUGGUGGAACUCAUGUGCCUUCUACACAAAAAGUUGGACCCAUCACGAUCCGGAAGAUCAGUCGGCAAAAGGGUAUCAGUCGGGUGUCCUAUGACGUGCCGUUGGAGGUUUGA